AUGCCGCCGCCAUCCCCGCCCAUGCCUAUCCCCUUGCGUAAGCGCUCCACCCCCAACCCCUCCCAUCCCGACAUACCCUGGACACCGGCCGAGGACGUCGCCUUGCUAUCCUGCGUUCGCCAACGCACAGUACUCGGGGUCACGCUAUGGGCGUCGGUCGCUCGGAGCAUGGCGCGCAGCGGCUUCGUUCGCCCAAAGCAUUUGGCCGCGUGCAGGAAGCGCGCACGGUUUCUCGAGCAUGGGGAGGAGACCGCUGUGUCAUCAGACGUGUGCGAGAGGCGGGAGGGAAGGAAACAGGAUACAUCCUGUAGCGACUUAACGUCGAAGCGGAGGAGGGUCGACUCGAACCGCAAAGAGGAACGUUCCCCGAUUAGCGUUUCCUCACCGGUCGGGGAUGGAGUAGCGCCGCAGCAGCAGGGGAUAAGAGACCGAAUUGGGUCCGAGAUAGAUAGCCCGCCCUCACAUGAGCAGCAGUCACCGCCUGUUUUGACAUCACCGUAUAAUGCGACUCCCGAAGAGAGAACGAAGGGGGAGUCUUUCGUAUCUACAGCGGAAGCACGGGGGAACGGUGGGCGACAAGUGGGCUCGGGAACUGUGGUGGAGCAACGUAGUGAACACCAAAAUGUGGACGUAGUCAGGGAAGGUUUUGAUCAGGGCCGUAGUCGUCUCGUGGGAGGCGGGGUGAAAGAGUUGUCAGGGCGCGUUCUUUGGGGAGCUGGGGCAAGUGUGGUAUCCCGUGAGGGUCCCGAGGACCGUUUGCAGGUCCACAAGACCGACAGUGAAGGCUCGGGUUCGGGCAAGAUUACUCCAAAGUCAGUCUUUCCGCGUUUAGUUGCACGUAGAUGUAUGUACACUCCUCGGUCUGGUGGCAUUGACAGAGCACCGAGGCUUCGUUGGUCAAAACAAGAGGACGCUCUCAUGCUCGACUACAUGUCAAGUCUUUCACCAAGUAUCCCGCUUGUUUGGGAAGACGUUUCUCGCUACAUGGAGGCCGAGGGAUAUGGUCGCAACGCUGCAGCAUGUGCGGUACGCGCCCGUAGGAUCACGAGCAGUAUCAACCCAGCGGAAACGCCUGCUCGGCUUCCAAAUCGAUCGACGCCCAGGAGAUCGUGGACCGCGGACGAGGAAUAUGCCCUACUUUCAUGCUUGGCUAGGAAGGAAUUCGAUGGAGGUGACUGGAAUGAUGUCACGAAGUGGAUGACCGCCUGUGGAUUCCAGCGAAGCUCCAGUGCCUGUCUGCAGCGCAUGACAAGAGUCAAGGGCAAUGCGAAAGCUCUUGGUAUUAGUUGGGUGGAGCUGCUUACGCGUCACCAUGCCCCCCGUCCUGUCGAAGAUGUAGGCAGAGGCGAGCCGAGAAGCGACGUGCAAGAUAUUAAAAGUAGCCGAGACAGCGGGCUUGAGUCACGGGGAAUGCCCCAGAAUGGAUCAUCGACUAACAAGCACCAAGAAAUCGGAGAACGGCCCCCAGCUGCACUGCGCACACCGCCAGAACAGCGAUCGCCUGUACCAGGAUUGAAGAAGAGUAGUUGCUCAUUAAAGAAGCAACUCGAGACAGAAGAAAAACCAAGAUCUCUGGAAGUCCCCCUAUCUGCGGUGUCCACACAGCCAGAACUGCAAUCGCCCUUAGCAGGGUUGAGGAGGAGUAGCAGUGCAUUGGAGGAGAAACGGGAGAUAGUGCGCAAUGGUAAGGAGAAAGCUUUCGAUAUGAGAGGGAACCGUGAUGGGGGUAGAGCCCGAGCUUCGAACAAAGAGAAUGUUGAAAAGCCUCUGUCGGCCCCUGUCCGCCCGAGGACGUUGUCCACGGCUUGCUCUGAAGCCACUCGUAACAAAAUCGCAAACCAGAGGCUUGAAGUCACCUCCUCACGGGGCUGUAUCCCAAACAGACCAUGGACGGAAGCAGAAGACAGGAAACUGGUGGAGUGCAUACAGGAUCGGGAACGCAUUAAUGGCGAUUGGGCGAAUGUUAGCAUUUGGAUGCAUGUUAAGUCGUUCCCUCGGUCAAUAGUUGCAUGCAAGGAGAGGGCAGCCGCGUUGAAAGCAAGAGCAGAUGGGACAUUUGUAAAAUCUCAGAAAAAGGAAACCAAUGGUGAAAACAGAAGUCCUGCCGAAAAGGAGCAUUCGAGAGGCAUAGGAGAGAAUUCGGACGUUUUGGCCGCAGAGGCAAGCCGCCACGGUUUGGAAGGGCAACAAGGAUACACCGAGGACAGCUCCUUUCAGGAGCGCAUACAUGGAAACGCAAGGCUUGGUGCUAUGGAUGGCAUCAUUAAGACUAACCCGUUUCAAAUUUCUAUCCCGGUGCACAAUUUCAAAGAGAUGAAGAAGCGCGCAGGGGGGAGAGCGGAGCCUGGUAAUAUACUAGUUAGAACGACAGCCUGUCAGGACGAUUUCAAGAAUAUGGACCAUGUCAAGUCAGAAACAAGGCAUGAGAAAAGAGAACAGUGCGAGAGCAAUAUCGCAAAGUCCGACCAGGAAGAAAGCUCAAAAGCUCGAGCUUUAGAUGAGGAAAAAAAAGAUGCAAAAGUUUCUUUUCAAAAAAAGACCGCCGGGCAAAGGAGCAAUCUGCAACAAGGGAAGAACGCGCACACUGCUAGCUGUAGCCACACAAGGAUUGCCAAGCCUCAGAUGGGGGCUACCCGAAAAAGUAUGGACUGGUCACCGCAAUGGCCGUCAAGCCGAGAGCCAGGAAACAUCGCACAUGCCGUUUCUGGCAAAAAAGAUGUCAUAUUUGGGAGCGAGCUGGACCAAGGGAAGGAUCACGCUACAAACGGUUUGAAGAAGAGCGAAACUUCACAGUACAAAAGGCCCAGAUCAUUUGCUGUCCGAGAGACUAUGGAAUGGCCGCAGGAGGGGUCACAAGGGCAUGAAGCAAGAGACAGGGCAAAGUCUGAUUCUGGGAAGGAAAAUACUCAUCAGGGGAGCGAGCUGGAACACGAAAAGGAUGCUGCUACAGAAGCUUUGAGAAAGGGCAACAUUGCAAAUCAUAAGCAGCUCAAAGCAAUAGCUAUCCGAAAGACAAUAGAAUGGCUGCAGGAGCGGCCAUCAAACCAUGAAAUAGGAGACAAGACACAUGUUGAAUAUGAGGGUCAGCCUACCAAACUGAAGAGGGAAACUCCAGCGGAGACAGAAAUUUCUGGCGAAGGCCUCAGCAAGACUGCCAUUGCUAAGCCCACAAGGCUUCAAACAAAAAGAGUCCGCAAGGCAUUCGAAUGGCCUAAACAACAGACACAAAAAGAGUCCGCUCGUAUAGCAAAACAUGAAAAAUUUUCUCGAUUGAGGACUUGCCAAGGUGACCAUCAGAAGAAACGGUUAGAACCGCCCUCAAGCAGUCAAAACGAGCUUCUGAGAUGGGAGAGGGACGUGUGUGACAGUGAUAGAUGCUUGCCUGGCUCCGGUCAGCAAGAAACCAUAACAUCUCCCUCGCGGCAAUCGUUUGGGGAGCUCGCACGGCGCUCAGAUACACAGUUGCGCGACGGCGAAGAAAUAUUUAACGGCGACAGCGUCUUGGUGAAGCUCCGUCGCCGACUGCCAGAUGAGAAAAAUAUGAGAAUGGUUCGAGCAUUGGCUAUUCGCAGGGGUGUGCCCAUUCGCCCGCAACGCGAUGACGUGGGCAAUCCUCACUCCGCAUCUACACCUCGGGAAUCGCAUUUGUUUCCAGCACCCCCAGUGGAAACUGGACCGCCUCAUUUGCGAAACGAAGAAGAGCGCAAAUCUCCAUCGCGAGGUUCAGGACCCAGACGCAUCGCCCGAUCUCGUAUCUCGGCUAACACUCGUGUUUCAGGUGCGCCGCGUCCCUGGUUGACAGAUGAAGACCAGGCCUUACUCCGCCUCAUUGCAAAGAGAAGUGUAACCGGUGGCAGUUGGGGCGACGUCGUGCUGUGGUUUGAAGAAAAGGGGUACUCGCGUACAGAACGAGCAGUGCAACAACGAGCAAAAAAAUUGGAAAGAGAAACGGAAGGUGCGGGCCAGGUCUGGGUGGAUUUCUUAAGAGAUGUACACGAUGGAAUCACUACGAGAAAACGAACAUCAUUGGGAAAAGGUUUUGACCGAACAUUGACGGGCUAUGAAGAUGAUCAGCUUGAGAAUAGCUGGUACCUUUCGCUCAGCGAAAGCGAGGGUAGUAUGAUGGAUUGCGAGCCGAUUGCCCCUCUUGGUGACAUGUGA